AUGGCCUCCCAAAACCGCGACCCAGCGGCCUCUGGCGUCGGUAAAGGAGCCGAGCCGAGCGGGGGCGGCGCCCGGGGUCCUGUGGGCAAGCGGCUACAGCAGGAGCUGAUGAAGCUCAUGAUGUCUGGUGACAAAGGAAUCUCUGCCUUCCCUGAAUCAGACAACCUUUUCAAAUGGGUAGGGAUUAUCCAUGGAGCAGCUGGUACGGUAUAUGAAGAUCUGAGAUAUAAGCUCUCCCUAGAGUUUCCCAGUGGCUACCCUUACAAUGCACCCACAGUGAAGUUACUCACGCCCUGCUAUCACCCCAAUGUGGACACCCAGGGUAACAUCUGCUUGGACAUCCUCAAGGACAAGUGGUCUGCCCUAUAUGAUGUCAGGGCCAUCCUGCUCUCCAUCCUGAGCCUGCUAGGAGAACCUGAUAUCGAUAGUCCUUUGAACACACAUGCUGCCGAGCUCUGGAAAAACCCCACAGCUUUUAAGAAGUACCUCCAAGAAACCUACUCGAAGCAGGUCUCCAGCCAAGAGCCCUGA